ACAUCAAACAUGGAUCCGGCACCCAGCAGACCAACAUGGAGCAGGCAGAUAGAGUUCACCCUGGCUGGCAUCGGCUGCGCUGUGGGUCUGGGAAAUGUGUGGAGAUUCCCUUAUCUGUGCUACAGGAGCGGAGGAGGUGCCUUCCUGGUGCCGUACCUGCUCAUGCUGGUGGUCCUGGGGAUUCCUCUGCUCUACAUGGAGCUGACAGUGGGCCAGUACACCAGGAGAGGGCCUGUCCACGCUCUCACCAGCGUCUGCCCACUGCUGAAAGGAGUGGGCAUGGCAUCAGUAGCGAUCUCCUUCAUCAUGUGCACCUACUACAACGUCGUCAUCACCUGGGCCCUCUACUACCUCUUCAACUCCUUCCAGGAUCCACUGCCCUGGCAUAGCUGCAACAACACCUGGAACACUCCAAACUGCACCAUUUACAGAACAAACGACAGCGAUACAUACACAGCCAGCCAAGAGUUCUUCAGGUACAGAAUGCUGGAACAGACCAACGGAGUGGAGGAUGCAGGAGUGCUGCGAUGGGAACUUUUCCUCAUCCUCAUUCUUUCCUGGAUCCUCAUUUACUUUUGCAUCUUCAAAGGAAUCAAAUCCACGGGAAAGGUGGUAUACUUCACCGCUCUCUUCCCAUAUAUUAUCCUGAUUGCCCUGCUGAUCAAUAACGUGCAGCUUCCUGGAGCCAUGGCUGGAAUUAGAUUCUUUAUUAUACCAGAGUGGCACAGGCUGCUGGAUGAGACGGUGUGGGUGAACGCUGCAGCUCAGAUCUUCAAUUCCAUUGGGAUUGGGUUCGGCUCGCUCCUGGCCAUGUCCAGUUACAACUCCUUCAACAACAACGUCCUCAAAGACACACUGACUAUAGCCAUCAUCAACUCCCUCACCAGCAUCCUGGCGGGUUUUGUCAUUUUCUCGGCCUUCGGAUACAUGUCUCAUCUUCAGAGAGUCGAUGUCGACAAGCUGGCUGUAGAUGGUCCAGGACUGGUUUUUGUUAUUUACCCACAAGCCUUUUCCACCAUGCCGGUCUCACAACUCUGGGCUGUGCUGUUCUUCUUCAUGCUGCUCUGCCUGGGGCUGGACAGUGAGUUUGCAAUGGUUGAGGUGAUGGUGACGAGUCUCAUGGAUGAAUUCUAUCGUCCCCUGAUUAAAUUCUUCAAACGGAAGGAGCUGUUUGUGCUUGCAGUUUGUGCCGUAGCCUUUCUUUUUGGAAUCCCCUGUGUGAUGCAGGUGGGAAUCUACGUCUUCCAGCUGAUGGACCAUUACACUGCCAUCGUGUCCAUCAUGUUUCUUGCCUUCUUUGAGAUCUUAGCCACCUGUUGGUGUUACGGCGUGAAACGACUUUCAGACAACCUUGAGGAGAUGACUGGGAAAAAAGCAAACAUCUACUUCAGGUUCUGCUGGCUCAUAGUGGCUCCUGUCCUGAUCACUGUGCUCCUGGUUUUCUCCGUCAUCCAGUUCACCCCGGCCCGGUAUGGGAACUACGUCUUCCCUCAGUGGGCCCAGGGUGUGGGCUGGGUCAUCGCUCUGGCCUCCAUCAUCUGGAUCCCACUGGGUGCCAUUCACACAUUGUGGGUGCUUCCUGGUUCCCUGAUGGAGAAACUGAAGCUGUCCAUCACUCCAUUCGCGCUGAAUGAGAAGUCAGACGACAAGAAGACAGACAUGCUUCCAGCCGUAUCCGUCAUCGGCUCUGACUGGACGUCCAGACUCAGCACGAGUUCAACCGAAAAAGAUCUGCAUCAGACUUACUUUUGAUACGUUCAAUAUUUUCUACAUCAAUGGCCCGUCACUCUUAAACUCUGGGUAAUUCCAACACAUUGUUUGCUGUUAAGUUUUCCAGUCUGACAUGAAGUUCUGGUCAGAAAAUUGAACAAAUAAGAUAUUAAAAAAAAGAAAAGGAAAAAACUCUUUACUUGAUUGUGGAAAUGUGAUGCCACAUAUCUGCCAUGCAGAUAACCUAGAACGGCCGUUUUUGUGAGCCAGUGAACU